ACAAUCAAACUGAAAAACAUACACAUCAUCAGCAUAAUUUAUGGAUCAUCGUCGCCAUUACUCUUUCUUCUUCCUCUGUGCCGUUGCAGCCUUAGGGCUAGCGACCUUCAAAGGCAUCCAUGGAGUUGAGUUCGUGGUCACAAACAACGCAGAGACAACUCCAGGUGGCACCCGAUUCAACAACGAGCUUGGAGCAGACUACACAAAGCAAACCAUGGACGCAGCCACCAACUUCAUCUGGAACAUCUUCCAGCAAAACACCGACGCCGACAGGAAGAACGUCGCCACCGUAACCCUAACAGUCGAAAACCGGGAGGGAAUCGCGGCUACCAGCGGCGACGUGAUCCACGUCGGAGCAGACUACAUCAAAGGAAUACAAGGAGACAUUAAAACCGACUUCAACGGUGUGCUGUACCACGAGAUGACUCACGUGUGGCAGUGGUCGGGAGCUAACAGCAACACGGGACUCAUAGAAGGGAUCGCCGAUUUCGUGAGGUUGAAGGCCGGCUAUGCACCGAGCCACUGGGUUGGGGCGGGAGGCGGUGAUCGGUGGGACCAAGGCUACGACGUGACGGCGAGGUUCUUGGAUUACUGUGAGGGUCUGAGAAGCGGGUUCGUGGCUGAGUUAAACAAGAAGAUGAGAGAUACUUACAGCGACGAUUACUUCAAUCAGUUGCUGGGAAAACCUGUGGAUCAGCUGUGGAGGGAGUACAAGGCCGCUUAUGGCGGCUAAUUAAUUUGCCAAACUUACACGUACACAUGCACAUGGCUUAGCUUGCUUUGUUAUUGUUGUUGUUAUUUUAUGAAAAAUAAGAAAUAAAACACAUUUACGGUUUACAUGUAUAAGUUUACGUGCGGUUAGUUGGCUAUGCAGUUAUAUAUACAUAGAA